AGCAUUCCAGUUGGCUUUUGAGUGGAUAAUUGUUGCAGUGAGAGCACUGACGCUGGAAAAACUAGUGCCUGUUUGGAUUACGUAAAAUACCACAAUGAAAAGAAAUACCUGUGAUUUGCUUUCUCGGAGCAAAAGUGCCUCCGAAGAAACACUACAUUCCAGCAAUGAAGAGGAAGACCCUUUGCGAGGAAUGGAACCCUAUCUUGUACGGAGACUUUCAUGCCGCAAUAUUCAGCUCCCCCCUCUCGCCUUCAGACAGUUGGAACAAGCUGACUUGAAAAGUGAAUCAGAGAACAUUCAAAGACCGACCAGCCUCCCCCUGAAGAUUCUGCCUCUGAUUGCGAUCACUUCUGCAGAUUCCAGUGGGAGAAGAUAUUUUAGUCAAAUUAUUUUACAAGGAGGAAUUGAAAAUGCAUUGGUGAAUGCCAAUAAGCAUUUGGGAAAGGACAGUUGUACUUGGAAAGUUAAUAUCGACCAUAUGUGA